AUGUCACGGCAAGCGCCGUUUCCCAAUCGUCGAGUGCGAUCUCCGUCAUUGUCCAAUACGGAAGGCCCGCCUUCCAGCAACACACGCCCCCUCCAAAUCUCCCGCCCCCCAUCUCGCCCAACAACUCCCAGUAAUGAAUCGAGGAGGAUGCCUCGUUCAGAAGAGUCUCCACCUAAUCGGCCACAACGUUCAGGCCUCAGAAGUCGCGAAUCAGAGUAUUCGUCCUCUUACCGAGACAGCGUUUCAACCGACGUCUCUACUUCAUACCGAUCACGUCCUCCAGCUCCAAACGGGUCAACCACCCGCUCAACACCUCAGAGAAACCGUACAGGCGAAGAACCACCACCAGCCAUGAAUACGGUCUUGUCUGCAUUCCAGUCCGCUGGGUCUCGUCGUCGUGGUAUGACCAAUGACAGCGAGGAAAUGGAUUAUCAACGUGAACGGAGGCAAGAAAUAGAGGCAGAGAAGCUCAAACAACAGCGCAUUCGAGAUAAGGCACCAGGUCGAAAACCGACUGGCAAGACACGCCUCGGCGACAUUGACGCCGUUCUGGACCAAGUGAAAGAUGGGUGGGAGUUUGUUGUGGAUCCAGAGUUCAAUCAUGUCGACUUGGCGCUUGAGUUGCUCGAUGACAAGUCUGCUGGGAAGGAUAUGGAUUCUUUCCGUCGCACGAAGAACAUGCUUUCAAAGGCGCUCAAGGGUUCUGUGGAUACCCAUUACCAGGCAUUUGCAGCUUCCCUUCCACAUCAUGCUUCGCUUAUCAGUCAUCUUACUGCAACCCAAACGCAAAUCUCGGAGGCUCGCACCUCGCUACAAGAGUCCAAGGAUGCACUGGGAAGCAAACGCGCCGACCUUGUGCAACUCUGGACAAGGAGGCAAACACUUGAUGAGAUGAUGCGGCUUUUGGACCAAAUUGAACAUCUCAAGUCGGUUCCUGAUCUCUUGGAGUCUCUCAUGUCCGAGAAGCGUCUACUCCAAGCUUCAGUGCUACUUGUUCGUAGUUUAAAAAUCAUCAACAAGUCUGAAAUGAUCGAGAUCGGAGCUGUCUCUGACCUUCGAGUUUAUCUGAACUCGCAAGAAACUGCGCUCCGUGAAAUUUUGAUUGACGAGUUACAGAGUCAUCUAUAUCUCAAAUCCUUCUGGUGCGAAUCGCGCUGGGCUGCAUAUACUCCCAAUCAACAAUCUUUCCCGAAGGUGGAAUUCGAGGCGGAGGUGGAAUUAAAGCCCUCUACCAAUCCUACAUCGUCCCCUUCCGAGGAAACUUUCCGACAAACACGUCUCACGCGAUUCUUGAAUGAUCUCGCUUUGCGUCCCAAUGAUCCACCUUAUGAUCUCAACGACCCCACAUUCGGCAGCAACAGUUCGGAAACGUUAGUAGGGCGCUCAUCCGCCUCGAUUGCUGCUGCUACUGCCAGCAAUCCCGAAUCUGACUCAUUUUCGUAUAUCGAGACCCUGCUGGAAGCCUUCGCAGUGCUGGGCAAGCUGGGUAGUGCAUUGGACAAUAUCGGGCAACGUCUUCCUAGCGAAGUCUUUACACUCGUGGAAACUACACUCGACGAAGUCGAGGAGCGUGCAGAGUAUGGCCGCUCUCGCUCAACAUUCUCGCUUUCUGGUGUUUCCGGUCGGCACGAUGGGGUCUACACAUUCUGUACCGAUUCAACAUCAACAUCAACAACAUCCAAAGCAGCAUGGAAAGUAUCCAAUCUUCGUCUCGUGGCGCUUGAGUCUUCCGCCAAGCAAGUCGACCACGAAGUCCUGAAAGACUUUUUCUGGACUGCUUACUCGAAGCUCGAUGCCGUAGCUCAAGGGCUUCGCGUUGUCUAUGAAGUCGCCAAUCGGAUUGGUUCGCGUCGUGAUUUUAAAGACGCCUCUGGGGCAAAACCAGGCGCUCUCUUCCCAUUGUCAGAAAUCUGGACCUCAGUACAAGCCGAAGUUCGGACAUUGAUUUAUGACUAUCUGGUGGACGAGAACCAAGGUUCAGUCUCGGGCAGAAACCCCAUCUCCUCCAUCAACGAGAUAUUACGAGAGGGCAAGUUUUCCCGCGACAAGUCCAAGGCUGUGUUCCGAUUCGCCGACACGGACGUCAAGCAGACAAAUAAAGCCCUUAAGCCACACGAAGAUGAGCUGACUCGCGUCCUGAAAGACACUAUGCCAGGUCUUGUUCAGACAACUGAAAGUACUGUUCAAGCAGCUUUGUCAACUGUUGGUACGGAUGAUCGUCUUUUGGGCGCUGGCCAACAUCAUCGAUUAUUGAUUCGUGCCGACGCGUUCCACGUGACCGUUCUUUUCCAGCCCACCUUGGCAUUUCUGGACCGCGUUUCAGACGUAUUACCUUCUGGAAUGGAGUCUGCUCGUGAAUCGACUGCAGUCCUCGAUGAUUUUGUCCUCCGCGUCUAUCUUCCCCAACUCGAAGAAAAGGUCUCACUGCUUUUCCAUCAAGCUGUGACUGGACCCGAAGCUUUCCAACCUGAUUCUUCUUCAUCUCGACUAUCGCCCGAACCUUUGGUCAAAGCUAGCACCCAGCUCAUGGCUCUCAUCAACUCUCUUUGUGCAAUGUUACUCAAGUCACCCUUCCAUCGCGAAAAUUACUCUCGAUUAAUCCUCAGCGUCAUGAUACAAUUCUAUCAACGAUGCAGUGACCGCUUCCAGGACCUUGUAUCGGUACCUAAUCCCAAAGAGCCCGAUGCCGAGUCACAUCCUGCUCUGUCCGCUCAGUGGGCACAACGGUCAGAACUGGCCCCUUGUCUAGCUGAGAUGCUAACCACCACUGAAAGCGACUUACCGAAGCAGCAACGACUUUGUAAGCAAGAGACGCAUCUCGAACUGAAUUUCCUCGGUCAGACGGACAUUAAGCGCACAGACUUGAUCGUCUCUAUUCGCAAUCUUGGCGCCUUAGCAAGCUUAUAUCGCAGUGUGUCAUGGUUUGCAUCAGAGCUUUCGAUUUUGAAAUCAACAUCGGACGAUACCCUCAUGUCCCCUACCAACCUCGAACCUCCCUCGGCUGUAACCCCUUAUACUCCUUUCCUGCCCCCACUCCCCACUGUAGCAUCGGCUGAUAAGCUCCAAUUGCCUCUAUCGCGAGAAAUGGCACUUCGCUUCCAGGCGCUCUUGAAGACGUAUGAACAACUCUCGGAGCUGAUCUUAGACUCGAUAAGAAUCGAUACUCGAUGUCGUGCCAUCCACUACCUCGAAUCGUCGCUGAAAUUUGGCAAUUACUCUAUCGAACGAGAAGCGGGAGAACCUGACCCUCAUAUCGUCGAUCUGAACAAUGAGUUGAGUGAAUGUAACGACUUUGCCACAACAUGUCUCCCAAAACGAGAACGGCGGUUCGUUUUCAUGGGGCUCAGUAAUCUGAUGGAGCAGUUACUAAUAUCUGGUGCUCGUCAUCUGCGUUUACCAACACCAUUGGGCGUCAAGAAGAUUCUCCGCAACAUCUUAGCCUUGCAGCAGAGCGUCAGGACGUUGACCAAUGAGCAGAAUAGCACGGAAUUCGAGCACGCCAAACGUUACUACCAGCUUUUUAGUGUCACACCCCAAGAAAUGCUGGACGGGAUUCGCAAGAAGCAAGACUUCACAUUCGACGAAUACCAGAUCAUGCUUAACCUUCAGUGUGGAGUAGUUGAAGGCAGUGGCGAGGGUGCUAAGCCUGUGGACCGCAACUUCAGCAUGUAUGUCAUUGAUUUGCAUGGGCUUGAGAUGGAGGCAAGUUCAUAA